AUGCUUGGAAGCACACAGGUCAUUAACUUUUCCGAGAAAAUAGACGAGCUGAUUCAGGCAAAUGAAAUGAUCAUGAAGGAAAAUGAUCUUCUUGUUUCUUUCAUUGAGCGCCACCAGUCUUUUCUUAAAAAUCAAGAGAAUAGCAUUUUCGAUCCCACGUCCAGUUUGCACUUUGAUGGCGAAGAGGACGCGCUGGCAGAGAGUGCAGAUGACAAUUCCGACACCCUGACCAUGAAAGAGAAAGUUUUGAUAGCCAUCUGUGAAUCGGAAGAGCUUAAGGGCGAUGCAGAGAUCAUGCGAAACAAGGGUACAGAGAUAACAUUGACGCUGAAGGCCUUUACGAUUUCCGCAGAGACAAAGCUUUCUGAAAUAAAGCGGUGGCUUUUCGCCUUCCGCCGUGACGUUCUGGCCGACCCCCAGGCGGCACUGACCAUCGGUGACCAGGUGUAUCUAACUGUUGACGAUACUGGAGACGUAAUUACCAGUAGGAGCCCGUCGCCUAAGACUCGGAGUCGCUCCCCCAGCCCCGGUAGAGUAAAGUCGCCGGUACGUGUCCAUGCUCAGGCAUCAGGCAAAGAAGGAGCGGCAGGUGAGCCAGAUGUAGAAGCAAAGAGCACUGCUCCGGCAUCCCCGACUAAGUCUCCUUCUGGGUCCCCAUCGAAGCCCAGCACCCAGGUUGGCGCAAGGCAGUUUUCUAUCCCCACCAAGGUGUCAGCGUUUAAGCUCAAUUCAUUCUAUUCCGAGGUUAUAGGGAAAAUCACAACAGACAUGAACAAUAUGAAGGCACGGAUAGACGUGAACAACAAGCAAAUCAAGAAGCUCCAGAGGCAGCUCGAAAAGCAGACUGAAGCAACAGAUCAGAUGUCCUCCAUUGACUUCGAUCAACUGGCCAUUGCGAACUCCAAAUAUCUUGAAAAGAUAGCUGCCAAGAACCAGGAGCUUCUUCGGCUUAAGCUUACCAGUGGAAAUACCACGCUGGCACUAAACACCUUCAAAUCAGAUCUGAAUAAAAUAACAGAAGAAAAGGAGUUCAUUGAAAAGGAAAUAUUUGCUAAACGAACGGCAAUUGACAAGAUAAGCGCUCAGAUUAAUGACUGCAAGAAGCAGCUGGGCAUAGACAGGUCAGUUCUCAAGAAGCUCCGUCAGAAUGAAAUUGCCUCUGGGGAUGGACCGGCCUCAAUAGACUUUAUUUCCUUAAUAGCCACUCAGGACUCUCUUCAGAAGGCUAUAGGGGAGUAUACACGCAAGGUCUCUAUUUUGGAGCGAACACUAUUCAAUCUUCAAAGAGACGUUACACAGGGUCAAUCUCUGCUCAGUGGCGGCCCAGUAAAAUGA